AACACCGGUGUUUAACUCUCUUUUGAAAGCAGGAGUCGUUGUCCCAUGUGACAACUCUCCAGUGAGGACUCCACUCUUCCCAGUUAAGAAAAUCAGAGACAAAGGACAGCCAACAGAAUGGAGGUUUGUCCAGGAUCUGCAAGCAGUAAAUGCGGCGGUCCAACCACGCGCGCCUACGCGUGCCCGUCCACAAAGACAGUCAAUUCUGGUUUGCUUUUGAAUUCAACGGAAAAUCAUACACCUUUACCAGACUGUGCCAGGGGUAUUCAGAAAGCCCUACCAUCUACAAUAUGGCACUGAAAGACAGCCUGGAUGAUCUUGUCUUGUCCCCAGGCACCGCCCUGCUGCAGUACGUUGACGACUUGAUGAUCUGCACUGAGGAUCAGGAAACUUGCGCAGCAGACACGAUCAAGCUGCUGAAACACCUGCAUGCUGCUGGACACAAAGCAAGUCUGUCUAAAUUACAGUUUGUGCAGACGGAAGUUACCUUCUUAGGUCACAUCAUCACCGCUGAAGGUAAAUCCAUUUCACCUAAAAGAGCUGAAGCUAUUCAGAACCUGCCUAAACCGUGCACAUACAAACAGCUUAUGUCCUUUUUAGGCAUGUGCUCUUAUUGCAGGAAUUUCAUUCCUAACUGCGCCGUCUUGGAGGCUCCGCUUAGAGCUCUGAUGCAGACGUCUUCUGCAUCCACCACCCGCCUCACGUGGACAUCUGAGGCUGAACAGGCGUUCACCGACCUCAAACUAGCUCUUCAGUCGGCUCCUACUUUGGGUCUGCCUGACCCUACGCGACCUUUCACCCAAACAGUGGAUGAGAAAUCAGGUUGUAUGACCUCUGUCCUUCUACAGGAUCACGGAGGGCGUCCACGCCCUGUAGCCUAUUUCUCUGCUAAGCUUGACCCAGUCGCUGCGGGGCUCCCACGAUGCCUCCGAGCAGUGGCUGCGGCAGAGAAAGCCGUGCUGGCAUCACGUGACAUUGUUGGCUAUUCUGAUGUCACCCUGCUGGUUCCUCAUGCCGUGUCUUUGAUCCUUUUGGAACAAAAAACAUCGCAUCUUUCUACAGCCCGAUGGCUUAGAUACAACACCAUCCUACUGGAAAUGCCAAACAUCACUGUCAAAAGGUGCAAUGUGCUUAACCCAGCCACUUUGUUUCCAGGCCCUGACGAUGGCGAGCCUCACAACUGUGUUUCGGUCUUGAACCAGGUCUGCACUCCGCGCCCAGAUCUGUCGGAGGUGCCAAUUCCUAACUGUGACCUCGUUCUCUUUGUUGAUGGCUCCGCCUCUAGAGACCCUGCUUCGGGCCACUGUCAGGUUGGAUAUGCAGUCUGCACCUCUCAUACUGUUUUACAGUCUGGCCCUUUGCCAGGACAUUACUCUGCUCAGGCUGCGGAGUUGAUUGCACUGACCGAAGCCUGUAAAUUGGCUGAAGGGAAGUCUGUUACUAUCUAUACAGACUCCAGAUACGCUUUUGGCGUCACACAUGACUUUGGUGCUCUGUGGAAACACAGAAAGUUUUUGAAAUCUGAUGGCAAACCUAUCUUGCAUCAUGAUAAGGUUGCUGAUCUGCUCGACGCAAUUCUGUUACCAGCUGCAAUUGCUGUAUGUAAGUGCCCCGCACACACUGGGGGCACUGAUCCCAUCUCUGCUGGAAACGCACGCGCUGAUGCUGCUGCGAAGGCAGCUGCCCGACUUCCCCUUCCCUUUGCUCCCUGCCUCUUAUCCUCCACCUCUACCCGACCUCCCUCUCCUCCCUCUGCUCUCCCGGAUCUUCAGACGUUCUCUACCCCACAGGAACGCAAGCUCUGGCUGACGAAUGGCGCCACCAGUAGCCAUGGCGUUUGGUAUGGGCCCGACGGCAAACCUUGCCUACCUAAACACUUUUUCCCUCAUUUCGCGAAGUUGACACAUGGACUAGACCAUGUAUCAAAGGGGGGAAUGUUAGAUGCUCUCACAAAACAUUGGUACACUAAGGGAUUUUCAAUCUAUGCGCAAAAAUACUGUGAAGCAUGUAUGACAUGCGCCCAACACAACCCAGGUAAGACGACUGCCAAACCACUGGCAGCUCAUCCACCACCGGAACAGGCGUUUGACCAUUUAAUGCUGGACUUCAUCGAACUAACGCCAGCAGAAGGUAAAAAGUAUUGUUUAGUGAUUGUUGAUAUGUGGUCAAAAUGGGUGGAGGCCUUCCCAGCUAAACAUGCUAACAGCCAUGCAGUUACCAAAGCCUUGCUGACAGAAAUAAUUCCCAGAUGGGGGAUUCCAUCUAAAAUCAGCAGUGACAACGGCUCACACUUUGCAAACCAAGCCCUCGAGGAAGUGGGAAAGUUUCUGAACAUCGACAUCAGAAAACACUGCUCUUACCACCCUCAAAGCGGAGGGGCGGUAGAGAGAGAGAAUGGCACUUUGAAAAACAAACUGGCUAAAUGCUGCUCAGAGACUGGUCUCAAGUGGACUCAGGCUCUUCCCAUUGUGCUCUCAUACAUGAGAAUGAGGAGAAGGAUGAGAACAAACCUCAGCCCGUAUGAGAUCCUAUUCGGUAGACCUCCUAUGAUGGGACUCCACCCUGAGACCGAGACUAGGAUUUUACCACCUACUGAAAUGUGCGAAGACGCAAUGCUACAGUACUGUAAGAACUUAUCCUCUGUUCUGUCCCAAAUCUCUAAACAGGUGAAAGCGGCUCUGCCCAAACAGGCGACAGAACCACUGCACAUAUUUCAACCAGGAGACUGGGUGAUCAUUAAGGAGCUUCGCAGGAAGCACUGGCACUCAAAGCGGUGGCAAGGUCCCUUCCAAGUCCUUCUGACGACCAACACGGCUGUGAAGAUCGCAGAAAGAGCGACUUGGAUCCACUCCAGCCACUGCAGGAAGGUCCCGGAUCCGACAGACGACCCUCCAUCUCCAUCUACACCACACGAGAAAACCACCACUGUCGAAAAGAAUUGA